AUGAAGAGUGCAUCACAAGACCCCCAGACAUCAUUUGACUCUCCAGUCAAAACGCGCCGCAUUCGAGAAAAGAUAGAGAGUAUGGACGACAUCUUUGUUAGAAUGUAUUUAAUAUCCAAACUGAUUCAAAGCAACUUUAUUGUUGAAAUCACUUCAGGGAGGCGGUGUGGUGGUGUUUGUAACAUUGAAAUCACAACGAUAUAUAAAAAGUCCCAAGAUAAAAACAGUCAGAGUAUCACCACUUAUUAUGCAUAUGAUUUAACUUUAAAUAUCGAGGAUCGAAUGAAUGCAAUGGACAAAAGGCUUUUUGAGAUACUUAAAGAAAAUGGGUAUGAUGUGGAAACGUCGUUUGAAAAUAACAAGAGAAAUGUUACUGGGGUUUUGUUUAUGAAAAAUGGAAAGAAGUUGAUAACAAGAAGACCAAUGACGAUCACAAGGGGAAAGCAGUGGUAUGAAUCAAUGCAACAGAAAAUUGAAGCAGCAUAUUUGAGAAGUUUGCGGCUCGAAAAGAGUUCGUGA